UGGAUGAGCAGCGAAACGUCUUCACUCCUACAAGAUUUGUCCAGUUGACAGAUUUAACUUCGUUGUUUGCAUUUUACUUAAUAGUACAAAUAUAUUCGCACAAACUGGCUACUCUACCCAUCUCUGAAUGCUAAAAAUAACUGUCUUUAAUGGAUCAGAAACACCGGCUGUUACUGGCGAUUCAUGUUUUCUGUAAAUUAUUAUAAAACCAUCACGUGCAUGCGACUGUUUUAAAGUGCAAAAAAAACUACUUACAGGAGAACAUAUUUUGGCAACACUGUUAUAGUCACUGGUUUUUCAGGUUAUUUGUGACUGGGUAUGUUCCUCCCCCCUGACGCUGCCUUUAGAUUGAGUAUUAACAGCCUGGGACAAGGUGAAGACUUUAAACUACUCGUGUCCACAGCACGUUUGCCAGCAUGGACGGAAUGCUUCUCUUGAUAUUGUUAUUCGGAUUUUUAAACACAGCACUGGCACAAGUGUCAACGACACUUCCUCCAACAACAGCCUCUCAGAACACGACAAUGAGCACUACAGCCAGCACUGCAACCACUUCAACUACACCGCUUCAAACUACAACUGUACCCCCUUCAAUUAUCGCAGCUACAACUACUGCAAGCACUACAACAGGCUCUCCUACCACUUCAACUACACCCAUUCAAACUACAACUGUACCCCCUUCAACUACUACAACAACUACUGCAAGCACUACAACUGGCGCUCCUACCACUUCAACUACACCCAUUCAAACUACAACUGUACUCCCUUCAACUACUACAACUACUGCAAGCACUACAGCCAGCGCUCCUACCACUUCAGCUACACUGCUUCAAACUACAACUGUACCCCCUUCAACUAUCGCAACUACAACUAUUGCAAGCACUACAACCGGCGCUCCUACCACUUCAACUAAACCCAUUCAAACUACAACUGUACCCCCUUCAACUAUCGCAGCUACAACUACUACAAGCGCUACAACCGGCGCUCCAACCACUUCAGCUACACCGCUUCAAACUACAACUGUACUCCCUUCAGCUACUACAACUACUACUGCAAGCACUACAACCAGUGCGGCAACCACUUCAGCUACACCACUUCAAACUACAACUGUACCCCCUUCAACAAUCGCAACUACAACUGGCGCUCCUACCAUUACAACUACGCCCAUUCAAACUACAACUGUACCCCGUUCAACAAUCGCAACUACAACUACUGCAAGCACUACAACCGAUGCUCCUACCACUUCAACUACACCCAUUCAAACUACAACUGUACCCCCUUCAACAAUCGCAACUACAACUAUUGCAAGCACUACAACCGGCGCUCCUACCACUUCAGCUACACUGCUUCAAACUACAACUGUACCCCCUUCAGCUACUACAACUGCUACUGCAAGCACUACAACCGGCGCCCUGACCACUUCAACUACACCCAUUGAAACUACAACUGUACCCGCUUCAACUAUUGCAAGUACAACUAUUGCAAGCACUACAACCGGCGCUCCUACCACUUCAACUACACCCAUUCAAACUACAACUGUACCCCCUUCAACUAUCGCAACUACAACUACUGCAAGCCCUACAACCGGCGCUCCGACCACUUCAGCUACACUGCUUCAAACUACAACUGUACUCCCUUCAGCUACUACAACAACUACUGCAAGCACUACAACCAGUGCGGCAACCACUUCAGCUACACCGCUUCAAACUACAACUGUACCCCCUUCAACAAUCGCAACUACAACUACUGCAAGCACUACAACUGGCGCUCCUACCAUUACAACUACGCCCAUUCAAACUACAACUGUACCCCCUUCAACAAUCGCAACUACAACUACUGCAAGCACUACAACCGAUGCUCCUACCACUUCAACUACACCCAUUCAAACUACAACUGUACCCCCUUCAACAAUUGCAACUACAACUAUUGCAAGCACUACAACCGGCGCUCCUACCACUUCAGCUACACUGCCUCAAACUACAACUGUACCCCCUUCAGCUACUACAACUGCUACUGCAAGCACUACAACCGGCGCCCUGAACACUUCAACUACACCCAUUGAAACUACAACUGUACCCCCUUCAACUAUCGCAACUACAACUACUGCAAGCCCUACAACCGGCGCUCCGACCACGUCAACUACACCCCUUCAAACCACAACUAUAUUCCCUUCGACAACCACUAGUACAACUGCUGCAAGUACUACAUCCAGUGCUACAACCACUUCAACUACACCCCAUCAAACCACAACUGUACCACCUUCAACUACCACAUUUUCAACUACAAGUACAGCUUUUCAAGUUACAACUUCAACCAUAGCUACUCCAACAACCUCUCCUUUAACUAAUACAAGCCCAGUUCCCACUUCACAAAUCACCUUCAUUACCUCAACACCUCCAGGUCCGACCUCAGUCGCUCAACUUCAAAUGACAAUAGACUCGUAUGUUGACCUCAGCAGGGAAACGCUGACUGAACUCGUCCAACAGUUUUUCCGUGAUAAAUUGGGUGAAGCGGAUUACAGUGUUGCAGUGAAACAAAUUACAGCAGCAAAUACUUCACUUACAACAGAAGCUACUCCAACCGCACCUACUACAACCCCCGUGCCAUGAACUCCAACUGCAGCUCCACCUCGGGAUGCACCAAUACCGAUACUGAUACUUUGGCUUUUCACAUCUGUCGAUACCCGAUACCGUACAGACUGCAAAAGGUUAUUUAAAGGUUUAUUUUAGUGAACUUACUACAAAACUUAUUCAAUUGUGUUAUUUUUCCAGCAAGUAAUGGCUUUGUAUGAAUAAAAGGUCCAAACAUUAUGAAAGUUCCAACAUUUGCCACUAAAAAGUUUUAUAAAAUCCAAUAGUUGAACCGAAGAAGCGGCUUGGAUGAGCAGUGAAACAACUUUUUGUCCAGUUCACAGAUUUUACUUUGGCUUUUAUUACGGAUCUGACCUGAACAACUGAGGGAUUACGCAGAUAACAUCCAAAAAAAAGCCCAACUAAGAUAUCGUCUGAACUGAUACCGUGGAACCGAGACCCCGGAUCUGUGCCGAUAUUCAACGUCAGUAUCGGAACGCAGUAUUGAAUCCCGCUUCCACCUGUAACACGGACAUUUUCAUCAGCGAGUUCCUUCUACAAGCAAGUGUUUUGGAGCAUAUUUCAGAAUUUAAAAAUGCUAGGUCUCAUCGUUUCCUGUAAAAUGUGAAAAGAAAGUGCACUGUAUUGAUUUGACUGACGGAGAAAUGUUUUAAGAGUAUUGUUUUCAUAUAUAUGUGACAGAAAAGCAAUAUAAAGUUA